ACUGUACCCCCCUAUCUAUCUACAAUGAUAUCACGAGAUCAAAAUGACCAGCAAGAGCUCGCACAAUCCCUUCGCAAAUCCUGCCCAGGCUCCUGCAUCUGCUUUGGGAGCAGCAGGCGUUGAUCCAUCUCUGCUCCAGAAACAGCAGAUGUUCAACAGAUCGAAAACUCUAGAACGUAUGGAAGCUUUAUGAUAUCUCCUUUCUUCUUUAUCGCUGUCUGAUUUACGAAUGGGAUAGGUGUGGCACAUGCGGCCGGAUCUGGUGCCUUUGGGUAUUUUGAGUGCACCAAGGACAUGUCGGAGCUGACUAAGGUAUGGAGAAUAUUCAAACCCCCCUUCAUACAACCUUGCCUAACUGUGACAGGCCGACUUGUACAACGAGGUGGGGAAGAAAACGCCGAUAUUCAUGCGCUUUUCAACCGCGACACUGGGCAAAGAGUACCCAGACCAGGGACGAAACCCUCGUGGCUUCGCCAUUAAACACUAUACUAAGGAGGGAAACUAUGACAUUGUUGGACUUAACUGGGUUAGUGCCUGUAUCCUUCAAUGGGCGGGUUGAUACUAACAUCUAUUCACAUAGCCCGUUUUCUUCUGUCGAGACCCAAUGCAAGGACUGGAUGCCAUUCGGUCUCAACAGCGCAACCCUGCAAACUUCCUGUUGGAUUUUAACGCUACUUUCGACUUUCUGGCUAAUGUUCCAGAAAGGUGAGUGCGAUUCCGCGAGUGCGAGGAGACUGGAAUGAGACUGAUGUGGAGAAUAAGCAACCAUGCCGCGAUGAUGCUUUUCAGUAACCACGGGCAUCCGAAAGGUUGGCGGAAAAUGCACGGGUUUGGCUGUCACACUUUCAAAUGGUGUGUAUCUGGCGAUUCUUGUUGUGUAAGGGAUUUACUAAGUUGUUUCUGGGGGGUAGGGUUAAUAAGGAAGGCCAAUAUGUCUACAUAAAGUACCACUUUAUCUGUGAUCAGGGCGUUCAUCAGUUUACCCGGGAAGAAGCUGUGCAGGCUUGUGGUGAGUCCCAAAAUUCGCUGAUACUCGCCGAGGAUUGUCUAAGAAUCUGCAGGCGAGGAUCCCGACUUUUCUAAAAGGGAUCUUUGGCAAGCUAUUGAGAAGGGAGAGCCGGUUACUUGGACGGCCAAAGUUCAAAUUAUGAAACCCGAACAGGCCGUCCCGGUGGAGCUUGGCUUCGAUCCCUUCGACGUAACAAAGGUUUGGCCGAAACAAGAUUUUCCUGUUGGUCUCCCUGAAGAAAAGAGUGUUUUGUCUGUACCUUCUACUGACCUGGUGGUAGGUGCAAGAUUUUGGAAGACUCGUCCUGAACAAAAACCCCGAAGACUAUCACCGUGAUGUGGAGCAAUCGGCUUUCUCACCCGGAAGUAUGGUCCCUGGUAUCGAGGAAAGUCAGGACGAACUCCUCAAAUUCAGAAUGUCCUUAUACCGUGAUGCUCAGUAUCACCGUAUUGGCGACAAUCUUGAUCAGGCCCCUGGUAAGGUGCAUUCUUCCCGCCUCUCUCUUCAUGCUAACAUCACCGAGUAAACUGCCCUCUCACGUCCCAUUCCCCCGCGGGCGUAGACCUCGGCGGUUCCCUCCGCGGCGGCGGCGGCGCUGGGGGGACCCCGCAGUAUUUCCCCGAUAGCCUUGCUAACAGGUUCCGCCCCGGCACUCCCGAAGUUCCAUACGAGGUAUCCGACAACGUCGUCUCCCGCCAAUCUCGCUACUACUCUCAAGGCAAGCCUCAAGAGUACAACCAAACGCGGGAGCUCUAUUCCCACGUCAUGAGCGAGAAGGAGCGCGUUGACCUCCACCAAAACACCGCUGCUGCCCUGGGAUUGGUGGAAUAUCCACUUAUCCAGAUGAAAUAUCUUGCGCAAUGCUACUGCGUCAAGCCCGAUUAUGCCCGCGGGAUCUAUGACCUGUUGCCGAGGCGGGAGUUUGGUUUUGAGACGGUCCAAGAAAUGGCGAAGGAUGCGCCGAACUUUGGGAAGUCCUAGCUUUGGGAAGGAGAGGCAGUUUAUGCCCUCUAAAGACAGUGAUGGGUUGUUGGGAAAACCGGCCAUCGUGUCGACUUAUGUGUUGGAGUGCCUAUCGGGCAUGUGAUUUGGUUGUGAUGCGGAUAGAUGGCUCAUGCUUCUACGGCUUAGCUGUUGGAUUUCUUGUUGAUGAUGUUUCCUGUUGCCAUAGGGCAUUGGUGAUGUGGUUUGGUUUCUUUCACGCCUGAUGCCUCUAGGCAUCUGGUUCUUUGUUAGAUAGAGGUUCAUGAGAGCUUAGAUUGUUGUGGAGCACGGAGGAUCAUGGUUCGUCAGGAUGAGUAGUUCUUUUGUGUUCAUGGUGUUUCCUUGGAGUUCCGGAGUUUUGGUUGCUUAGGAGAUAUAUAUCUCCCAUUCUGUCCUUAGCUAGAGGCAAGGUUUUCGACCAUCAGUUUUCAUCGUUAGAUUUCACUAUCAUCUAUUCUUUCAUCAUCCUUCCUCACUUUCUUGCAUUUCAUCGCACUUGUGUUGCUUCAUUCAUCCGUGCUCUGCAUUCACCUUCAUCAUUAUGAUACUAGAUGUAUAAUACUUGUGCUAUGGCGGCGUUCUUCAUAAAGGAUUACAAUUGCAUACGGCCGAAAUUGGGCCCUUUUUCUUGGAUCUGGGGCGGUGGGAAAUAACCAUUCUAUUUUGGAAACAUUUCGACUAUAAAAGUGGAAGAACUGAUCCUAUAG